AUGAAUCCUGGUGGUAGUAUCAAAGAUCGAAUUGGUUUAUGUAUGAUUGAAGAAGCUGAAAGGAAUGGAUCGUUGAAAUCUAAUGAUACUAUCAUUGAAUCGACAGCUGGAAACACAGGUGUUGGGUUAGCAUCGAUCUGCGCAAUAGACGCACCUCGGGCAUUGGGUGCAGAAAUUGUUCGUACGCCAACGAUUGCACCGUUCGAUUUACCUGAAUCAGAUAUUGCUGUAGCUCAUCGAUCGAAAAGUAAUAUUCCUAAUUCACAUAUCCUAGAUCAAUAUCGAAAUUCUUAUAAUUCCAUCGCACAUUAUGAUACAACAGCAGAAGAAAUUCUUCAAGCAUGCAGCAGACAAGUUGACAUGAUCGUCGUCAGAGCUGGAACAGGCAAUCUACAAAUGUAUAACGAGUAUUGGCAUGGUUUUAUUCCAACUGUACUUGAUCGAUCGUUAGUUGAUCGUUGGUAUAAAAGUUCUGAAAAAACAUCAUUUCAAUGUGCAAGGAAAUCAAUUAAAGCCGAAGGCAUCCUUUGUGGUGGAUCGUCCGGCGCAGCUAUGGGAUGUGCUUUACAAGCAUGUAAAGGUUUUCAAUUGACCGAAAAUCAAAAUUGUGUUGUUAUUCUCCCGGAUUUCAUGUGA